GAUUGGUCGGUUCAAUUUCUCGCGCUGGGACACAGCCGUUUUGUUUAAAAAAAACAAACCCAACGGUUUCCCCUUCGACGUUCCCCGUGUGACCCCCGGGGGGGGGGGGGGGGGCACAGUUGGCCUCACGGUGAGCCCGCGAAGGAGAAGAAGGUGGAGGAGGGGAGGACAUCCUCCAUUUCCCCUUCCUCCGUCUCUCACCGACUCCGAGGAGCCGGCCCCGGGGGCCAUGGCGUCGUUUUAAAACAAAAAGAGGCCGCGAGAGAUGAGGGAAGGUUCUGGGGAAGAGGGAGCGAGUAGGAGCAGGAGGAGGAGGAGAAGGAGGAGGAGGAGGGUGAAGGGGAAGGCCUCAGUGUCCGGAUCGCGCUCGUUCCUGCCACCGGUGUCUCGCCGAUAACCGAGAGAGAGUUGGGGGGGGGGGGGGGGAGAAAAACAACAACAUCCUCAAAAACAAAACAAAUCCUGAGAGAAAAUACUGAAGAGGGACUGUUUUGAGCAAGGUUCCCGUUGACGCAGCGAUGGGCCUGAGGGAGAGCGGUGGUGCCCGGGGCUCGGUGCCUCACAUCGGCCGCAGUUUAUCUUCACUCGGAAACCCGGAGAGCUGAAGGUGGCCGGCCCGGGACUCCGGGGAGAGAGAGAGAGAGACACAGAGGGAGGGUGGGGGGUGCUCCGGCACCGAGUCCCGUCUCUCUCCAUGCGGCAGUGCUGACUGCUGACUUUUGUUUUUCAUUGUUGUGGGUUUUGUGUUUUUACUUUGUGGGGGUCGUCGCUGCUGUUUUCUUUUGUUUCUCCCUCCGUCCGGCCCCCCAAGGCCCUGACACGGGGCCCUCCCCGUCCCUCCGUGCUCCGAUGGCACUAUGUUACCAGUACCAGCUCCCGGUGCUGCCUCUCGACAGGCCGGUGCCCAAACACGUCCUGAGCCGCAGAGGCGCCAUCAGCUUCAGCUCCAGUUCGUCCUUGUUCGGCUGCGCUAACCCCAGGGUGCUGUCCCAGACCUUCACAAACUCUUCUAACCUUUGGAUUCCUUCAUCUGGGUGGGAAGAACGAUUUCUUGAGAGACGAGGAGCCAUUUCCUAUGAAAGCUCAGAUCAAACUGCGCUGUACAUUCGUAUGUUAGGGGAUGUACGAGUAAGGAGCCGGGCAGGAUUUCAACCUGAAAGAAGAGAUUCUCAUCCUUAUGUUGAUUUUCGCCUUUUGCACUUAUCAUCAGAACCCGGAGAAUUGGCUUCAGCAAGGAAGAUCAGAAGGUUGCUUAGUUUUCAAAGAUAUUUUCGAUCUGCUCAUUUAUUUUGUGGUGUUUCUCCUCUAAAUUCUGUCAGCAUUCUGGAUGAUAAUUACAAUGGCCAAGCCAUGCGCAUGCUAGAAAAGGAUGGAAAUUGGAAUUUUGACAUCUUUCUUUUUGACAGAUUAACAAAUGGAAAUAGUCUGGUUACUUUGACCUUCCAUUUGUUUAAAUACCAUGGACUUAUUGAGCAUUUCCACUUGGAUUCGGUUAAACUGCGUCGGUUUUUAGUAAUGGUCCAGGAGGAUUACCACCGAAACAACCCUUAUCACAAUGCGGUACAUGCUGCUGAUGUAACUCAAGCCAUGCAUUGUUUCCUAAAGGAAACUAAGCUUGCCACCUCUUUUUCUCCAUGGGAUGUUCUGCUGGGUUUGCUGGCAGCUAUGACUCAUGAUAUGGAUCACCCUGGUGUUAACCAACCUUUCCUCAUUAAAACUAAUCAUUACCUAGCAAGUUUAUAUAAGAAUAUCUCGGUGUUAGAAAACCAUCAUUGGAGAUCAGCAGUGUGCGUACUCCAGGAAUCCAAAUUAUUUUCACAUCUUGCAGUUGAGGAAAUCUAUGAAAUGGAAAGCCAGUUGGGAUCCCUAAUUCUAGCCACAGACAUAACCCGCCAAAAUGAGUUUCUGUCGCAGUUCCGAACUCACUUGGACAGGAGUGACUUGUGUUUAGAUGAAGCAGGUCAUCGACAUUUCAUGCUUCAGAUAGCAUUGAAAUGUGCAGAUAUCAGUAACCCAUGCCGGCCUUGGGAGUUGAGUAAGCAAUGGAGUGAAAAGGUAACCCAGGAGUUCUUCCAUCAAGGGGAUAUUGAAAGGAAGCAUAAACUAGAUAUAAGUCAGUUGUGUGACCGCCAUACAGAAACUGUAGCCAAUAUUCAAAUAGGUUUCAUCACUUACGUAGCGAAACCUCUUUUUGUGGAAUGGUCUCGAUUCUCCAACACAACACUGUCACAGACCAUGCUUGGACACCUUAGCUUGAAUAAUGCUAGCUGGAAAGGAUUACUGCAGGAACAAUCCCAAGGUGGAGAUGAUACUGAUUUUAUUUGAGCAGAAAUGGACUGAAUUAUUACCUCAGGAAAGCCACGAAUUAUUUUAUCCCACCCACCUAACUGGUUCCAUGAAGCGGACAAUUACUUUUCUGCCUCUUCAGUGGAAUGCAAAUGUGAUGAUGCUUUCGGGUUGGGGGGGGAGGAAUUGAGAUACAUUUGCAGGCUCUGACUGUCACAGUUGCAUGUGUAUCCGUGCCAAUGCUAAUGUAAUUCCAUGCUUUUUUCAAAGCAUCAUAUUGCUUCUUUGCCCCUUGCUAGGCCUGAACAUAAAGCAAUACACAAAUACCUCAGUUGGCUUUUGUGAGACAUUGAGCACGUAAACUACAGUGGUGGCCAAACUGAAGGGAGUGAAGAAAGGAGGAUGACAGCAUCCCAGAAAGUGCCAUUUAUCAACGGUUAUUUUGAAUAUUUGUAAAACAGACUGAUAUUUAGAAUUUCUGCACUUGGGGUUUUCUGUGGUUUCUUUUUAUUUAGAUGGCUAAAAUAUGAACUUAGUGAAAAUCUUCUGAUGUUGGUACAAAGAUGAGCUUUUGUUCUCUUCCCACCAUUUUUGAGUGACUGAAUGCAUGCAAAGAAGCCAGUCCUUUUCUGCCUCAGAGAUUUGUUUACAAUGCUGUAUUUUUGAUACUUUUUGGUUCUGGUUCUUGCCUUGAAGCAUAGUGGAAAAGGAGCCACAAAAUUCAGAAAUGCUAUUUGGUAAGAAGAUAGAACAAAAUAAAUGCUGCAGCUCAAUUUUAAUCUUUGUGAUGCCAUUUACGUUCCCAUGGAAGCCUCUCUUCUGCCAUGGUGUUCCUUUAGUGCACUGUGAAUCCAGCCUUCAUCUCUGACCACAACCAGCUUUACUUCAGCAAAUCUGGAACAAGAGUGCUGCUGGCCUUUGCCUUUUUUUGGGGGGAGAUUUGAAGAAAUAGAAAAACAGAUUAGCGGGUGAAGCCAACGUGUGGUUUUCAUGCAUGAACUGCACUUAGUGAUAGUGGCAGUAAACUGUUACAAGGAUCAGCUCAGGAUUUUUGCCUGUGUUUCUGGAGCGUGUGAUCGUGGUACCUAAGAAUAAAUAUAUGCGAACAAAUACCACUUUCACCAUUUAGAUUUCUUCAAAAUGUGACAUCUGUGUAGCCAGAUUGAAGAAAAAUUCUUAACAUUGCUAUAGAUGCCUUAAAACUAUGCACAAAGCUAAGUGACCAAAUCUGUUUUAAUUUUGGAAUGUGCAUUGUUCCUCAAUCUUUUUGCGAGUGAAUUGUUACUCCCCUGUGGGCCUCGUUUGAUGUGAAAAGAUGAACCCUUUGUAGGAUAAAGUUAUGGAUGUUAUUUUAAACUUCAAACAUUCCAUUUUGUAUUUUACAAUGUUUUAAGUAGUUGUUGAUUAUGUACAGUAAAGCAAAACUGUAUAUUAGGUUUGGCAUUUUCCAGUGAAACAAACUUGGUGCUUUUCUCUUUUUUUUUAGUUAACUUGUAUUUCAGGACUGUUUAAAAGAAUUUUGUUUACAAUUUGUUGUAACAGCCAUCUUUGAGAUGUCAAGGCUUCAAUAUUAAGCUUAGGGACAUUACCAAGUUGUUGGUCGAGAUGCCAUAUUCAUAUUUUGAUAUGUGCCUGUUGCUGUUCAAAUUUUGAAUAAAAGAAUU